UUUCCACAAACGCUCGGCGCUCUGUUCCGCAGACACACCAAACUUCCUCUCCUCUCUAGUUUCUUGUCUGCUUUCUGCAAAGGCACCGAGUGCUGGGGGUGGGGAGGGGGAAUCCUCUGCCGCUCGGUGAUUACCCUUCCUCCACUUGCUAAUUCUAGAAUUCGAGCUAUGUGGGACCGGUGUAAUCCUAAACACUGCUCCAAAGAAGCUACAACGGAGUUGUAAGAGCGAGAGGAGAGUGGCCUGCUGACAUGAACGGGAGCACGCAGCAGAUCAACCUGCCCCGAAGCUGGGCUGCUUCGAGUGGCUCCCUCCAGGAGAGAUCUGAACACUCGUUUUUUCUUUUUUAUUACUAUAGGAUGGAGGAUGAAGCCGUCCUGGACAGAGGGGCUUCUUUCCUGAAACACGUGUGCGAUGAAGAAGAAGUCGAAGGUCACCACACCAUCUACAUUGGGGUUCACGUGCCGAAGAGCUAUCGCAGGCGACGGCGCCACAAGAGGAAGGCGGGCCACAAGGAAAGGAGAGAGAAGGAAAGAAAUUCAGAGAACUACUCUGACAAAUCUGAUGUGGAGAAUGCCGAUGAGACAAGCAGUAGCAUCCUCAAGCCGCUCAUCUCCCCGGCAGCUGAGCGAAUCCGCUUCAUCCUGGGGGAGGACGAUGACAGUCCGGCGCCCCCCCAGCUCUUCACCGAAUUGGAUGAGCUCCUGGCGGUGGAUGGGCAGGAGAUGGAGUGGAAAGAAACUGCCAGAUGGAUCAAGUUUGAAGAAAAAGUGGAGCAGGGUGGAGAGAGAUGGAGCAAACCUCAUGUGGCCACAUUGUCCUUGCACAGUUUAUUUGAACUGAGGACAUGCAUGGAGAAGGGAUCAAUAAUGCUGGAUCGGGAAGCUUCUUCUCUACCUCAGUUGGUGGAGAUGAUUGUUGAUAAUCAGAUCGAGACAGGCCUGUUGAAAGCUGAUCUGAAGGAUAAAGUGACCUACACUUUGCUUCGGAAGCAUCGGCAUCAAACUAAGAAAUCCAAUCUCCGAUCGCUGGCUGACAUUGGGAAGACCGUCUCCAGUGCAAGUAGGAUGUUUUCCAACCCUGAUAAUGGUAGCCCAGCUAUGACGCCUAGGAAUUUGACUUCUUCAAGUUUGAAUGACAUUUCUGACAAACCAGAGAAAGAUCAACUAAAGAACAAGUUCAUGAAGAAACUUCCCCGUGAUGCAGAAGCCUCCAAUGUUCUGGUCGGGGAGGUGGACUUCCUGGAGAGCCCUUUCAUUGCCUUUGUUCGAUUACAGCAGGCUGUCAUGCUGGGUGCCCUGACCGAGGUUCCAGUGCCCACACGGUUCCUGUUCAUUCUCUUAGGUCCUAAAGGGAAAGCAAAGUCUUACCAUGAGAUUGGCAGAGCCAUUGCUACUUUGAUGUCUGAUGAGGUGUUCCAUGAUAUUGCCUACAAAGCAAAAGAUAGGCAAGACCUGAUUGCUGGAAUUGAUGAAUUCUUGGAUGAAGUCAUCGUCCUUCCUCCAGGAGAAUGGGAUCCAACUAUUAGGAUAGAGCCUCCAAAAAGUCUACCAUCAUCAGACAAAAGGAAAAAUAUGUACUCAGGUGGAGAGAAUGUACAGAUGAAUGGAGACACCCCCCAUGAUGGAGGUCAUGGAGGGGGAGGGCAUGGGGAUUGUGAAGAACUACAGCGAACAGGAAGGUUCUGUGGUGGACUAAUUAAGGACAUAAAGAGGAAAAUACCAUUUUUUGCCAGUGACUUUUAUGAUGCUUUAAAUAUCCAAGCUCUUUCUGCCAUUCUCUUCAUUUAUCUGGCAACGGUCACCAAUGCGAUCACUUUUGGUGGACUGCUGGGGGAUGCCACAGAAAACAUGCAGGGCGUGUUGGAGAGCUUCCUGGGCACGGCUGUCUCUGGAGCCAUCUUUUGUCUUUUUGCUGGCCAACCGCUCACUAUCCUGAGCAGCACAGGACCUGUCCUCGUCUUUGAAAGGCUUUUAUUCAAUUUCAGCAAAGACAAUGGUUUUGACUACCUGGAGUUCCGGUUGUGGAUUGGUCUGUGGUCCGCUUUCCUGUGUCUCAUCUUGGUGGCCACGGAUGCCAGCUUCUUAGUCCAAUACUUUACCCGCUUUACCGAAGAGGGCUUCUCCUCUCUGAUCAGCUUCAUUUUCAUAUAUGAUGCAUUCAAGAAGAUGAUCAAGCUGGCUGAUUACUAUCCUAUCAAUUCCCACUUCAAAGUGGACUACAUCACUCAUUUCUCUUGUUCCUGUGUACCCCCAGACUCAGCUAACAUGUCAACUUUUGAUGAUGUGACCUUCACCCCCACAGAUAUAGCAAUACCUUCUACUGCAAUGCCUCAUAAUGCAACCAUUGACUGGUCAUCUUUGUCCAAGAAGGAGUGUUUGAAAUAUGGUGAGCUCGUGGGCAACAGCUGUAAAUAUGUUCCUGAUAUCACGCUCAUGUCCUUUAUCCUCUUUCUCGGUACAUAUACAUGUUCUAUGGCCCUGAAGAAGUUCAAAACCAGCCGCUAUUUUCCUACUAUGGCAAGAAAACUUAUUAGUGACUUUGCCAUUAUUCUGUCCAUCCUCAUUUUUUGUAUUAUCGAUGCCCUGGUGGGUGUGGACACUCCAAAACUAAUUGUGCCAAGUGAAUUCAAGCCAACAAGUCCCAACCGAGGCUGGUUUGUCACACCCUUUGGAGGGAACCCCUGGUGGGUGUACCUUGCAGCUGCUAUUCCUGCCUUGCUGGUCACCAUCCUGAUUUUCAUGGACCAACAAAUCACAGCUGUUAUUGUCAAUAGAAAAGAACAUAAACUCAAGAAGGGAGCUGGCUACCACCUGGAUCUCUUCUGGGUGGCCAUUCUCAUGAUUGUAUGUUCCUUCAUGGCUCUUCCAUGGUAUGUGGCCGCUACUGUCAUCUCCAUCGCUCACAUUGACAGUUUGAAGAUGGAGACGGAGACGUCUGCACCUGGAGAACAACCCAAGUUUCUAGGAGUCAGGGAACAAAGAGUCACCGGAACUCUUGUGUUUAUUCUGACUGGUCUAUCAGUCUUUAUGGCUCCCAUCUUGAAGUUUAUUCCUAUGCCUGUUCUCUAUGGUGUGUUCCUGUACAUGGGGGUCGCGUCGCUUAAUGGGGUGCAGUUCAUGGAUCGUCUGAAGCUGCUUCUGAUGCCCCUCAAGCACCAGCCUGACUUCAUCUACCUUCGCCACGUCCCCCUGCGUCGAGUCCAUCUCUUCACUUUUCUCCAGGUGCUGUGCCUGGCCCUGCUCUGGAUCCUCAAGUCCACAGUGGCCGCCAUAAUCUUUCCAGUCAUGAUCCUGGCUCUUGUAGCUGUCAGAAAAGGAAUGGACUACCUCUUUUCCCAGCAUGACCUCAGUUUCCUUGAUGAUGUCAUUCCAGAAAAGGACAAGAAAAAGAAAGAAGAUGAGAAGAAAAAGAAAAAGAAGAAAGGCAGUCUGGAUAGUGACAAUGAUGAUUCUGACUGCCCUUACUCCGAAAAAGUUCCAAGUAUUAAAAUUCCAAUGGACAUCAUGGAACAACAGCCUUUCCUAAGUGACAGCAAACCCGCUGACAGAGAAAAAUCACCAACAUUCCUUGAACGCCACACAUCAUGCUGAUAAAAUUCCUUUCCUCGAGUCGCUUGGGAUACCAAGCCCUCCUAGAACUCCAGUCAAAGUUGUGCCUCAAAUUCUAAUAGAACUUGAACCUGAAGACGAUGGUUAUUUCUGGAGGAGCAAGGGAACAGAAACUACGUUGUAACCUGUUUGUCUCUUAACACUGAAUUGUUUUCUUGGUGUGGAAGAUGAUGUUUUCUUCAGUUUGUUUUCGUUUUUUUGUCACUAGCCAAAUAUCCCAGUGCCCUCUGCUUCUAUCCUGUGUAGGGAAAAUUGAGACAAGAGCGCAUUUUUAGACAAUGAAUUUUCCUGGAAGAAUUUUCCUGAUCUCUUUCCUAUAUUUUUGGUAGUUUUCCCCCCACCCAUCCAAUUCACACACACACACACACACACACACACACACACAAAAUCUCCCACCACUAUCACUACCAUCAUUCGUCUCCUUUUUUUCCAGGGGCUGCAAAUGAAUUUUUUUUUAAAAAAAGGAUUUUGUAACAAUUUCUACUAAAGCAUCAAGAUGACUGACAACUUUAAUUGAAGAGCUAUGUUUGCUUGCUUGUUGUUCUGACUAAUUGAACCAAGCCUCAAUGACUUUCAGAUGAGUUCAGUGUCUUUGCUGAUAUAGAUUUGACAUAGAUUUUCACACCUAAAAAAUGCUGCUACCCUCACUAUCCCAUGCUCUUGAACUCUUCCUUAAUAGUCUGAAGAGAAGGCAAGCUAAAGGUACUAAUUUCACUCCCUGCACAGAGAUACUCUGGCCAAUAUUGUAGCACGUUUUGGAAGUCCCAUUUCCUAUGCAACCUUUUUUUUUAAUCCUCUAAUGGGCUUAUCUGUUGACUCUUUUGAAGAAUAUUUUUCUUCCUAGAUUUUGUUGUUUAAAUUAUGGGGGCCUAACCUGCAACUUAUUUUGUUUGUCAAUUUUUUAAACUUUUUUUUAAAAAAUUACUGUAAAGAAAAUGAAUUUUUUCCUGCAGCAGGAAACAUAGUUUUGAGUAGUUCUACCUCUUAUCUGUAGCUGCCAGGCUUUCUGUAAAAACAAUGUAUUGUAAAUAAUGUGAUUUUUGUACACAUAAACACACACAUGCACACAAUCUCCAGGACAAGUCAUGGGGCUGGAUUUGAUAAUAAGCACCCUGUUUCUAAAGCAUUAAUUUUUCUUUUCAUCUCUUUCUUCCUUUUUUUUUUUUUUGUUGUUGUUUAAAGUUCUAUGAAGGAGAUGGGAGAUGGGGGGCAGUUAACUACUUUGUGGUUUUAGAAUAUAGUAAAUGUAAUGGCAAUUAAUAAUGUAUUGACUGAUAAUAGUUCACAGAUGUGAUUGUAUUUUCAUGUUGAUAUCCUAUGCAGUAUUUUUUUAGAAUUCUUUCACAUAAAAACCCUUGUGUUUUUAUGUAUGUUCAUGGAUGUAUUCUGCAUGUAGCCAAACCUGCAUGCAAAGAUAGAAAGAGAAGGAAUGUUGGCAAGUGAAUGAGUGAGUUAUUGAGCCUUACCUAUCAGUUUCCAUAAAAUGUGGGUCUGACUCAUAAUUGACAAAAUUAUUCAAGAGUUGGAGCGAGGGGCCUCUCUUUGGCCAAUGUGGACAGAUACAUGUUAUUUCCCAGUUACCUGUCACCAUUACUGAUGAAAUAUUUCAUAAGGUUCAUGAAAAGUCCACAGGAAUAGAAUGGUCACCAUGCCCAUGGGAGCUGAUCUGCAAGAAUACAAGUGUAGCUACCAUACACUGUACAUAUACACUGUUUUGGAUUUUUUUUCAAGGAGCAAGAUGAAUAUCAUUUGUGAUUGGGAUCUUUUUAAAGUUGGGUUUUGUAUAUAUGUUUCUAAAUUAACAUAACAUAAUGGAAAUUGGGCAUUUAGUCACCAAAUUUAGCAUGGCAUUUUAAGCAUAUCAUUUUAAUAGGUUGCAUUAUAUAUUGUGAAUGUGCAUUAGACAUAACAUUUUUAAAUGUCUACAAUCUAAGAGUCAUAUAACCACAUUUGUGAUGCAUACACACUGUAAUAAACAGGGAGGGGAGGACUGGGACCAGAAGGAAACCAUUGGCUUUCGUUCUGUGAUACCUGUUGCAUUGUGGGUCCCAUUCCAAUACCACAAACUUGACUAGGAAGACUGUCCCAAUGGGAAUAUCUUUUGAAAAACACAGCUUGUGAAAAGACCACAUUCAAAACAGCUCUCACCCUGAAAUAUUUGCUACCUUUCUAGUACCAAAUAGCUUUAACAGUGAAAUCCAGUGGAAAAUAUGGAUUUAGUUAUGACCUCUAAGAGUUUUUUUAUUUUUUAAAAUUAAUGGAGAAAGUACCUUUUUAUGGUGCUGAGACCUUACAUAUUGAAUUUUGGCUGCACAUUUAAAAUGAUCACUAUCUUUACAACCACUAAUUAAAUAUAUUAAGUUCCCUUCUCUCCCACCUCAGCCCAACAUCUGCGAAUGCUUUCUUCCCUCCAUCAUCGAAGGGAAUAUUCAGUUAAAUGUUUAAAACAAAUCAUCCAUAAGAAAAUUUUGAUAUAUUAAAGAUCCUUGCUUUUUAAGCAAUCUGGAUUAUAAUAAUGUGGCCUUCUUUGACUAUCAGUUCAAGUCGACGAAAACCCUGUAGUGACCAGAACUUUAGAUUCGGUCUUGGGAAGAUUUGGUCCCCGCUGUCCUGGAGCCUAUGUGUAGUUUUCUAAACUGGAAGCCAUCCUUUCUUCUUUCAGAGAAUUCCCAAAUGAUGGAAAGACACCAUUGGCAUUCAUGAAAUUCCAGCCAUUGAAAUAGAUUUACAUGUCACUUCUGCAUCUUUAAUGGCAAAGACUGUUUGUACUAUCUGCCUAUAAUUAGAUACUAAAACUGAUUUUUAAUAAGAAAAAAAGUUUAGCAUAGAUGAUAUAAAAAGAGAAUACUCUGCUUUUAUUUCUUAAGGAAAAGAUUCAAAAUCCAACCCCUUUUCAUCAUCUUGAUAUCCCUUAAAAUAAAUUUUAAAGACAUUAUUUUCAAAGAAGAGGUCACUCUUUUGAAAGAGGCUAUGUCUAUACAUAUAGAACUGCUGGACUGUUUUGUGCUUUUACUGAAUAAUUUGUUUUAGUAAAUGUAACAAAUUGCUGGGCUGUCAUGUUAUUGGUUAGAUACAGCCUUAGUGAGUUUACGGGAUGAAACCCAGUAAUUCUCACAAUAUCUAGCACCAUUGGAAGUAAAUAAGUGAGCACCAGAUGAUUUAAGUUGCUAGAAGCAAAUACCAGACAGUGGAUGGAUUAAGAGUGUUUAUUAGUGAGAUGCCAGAUAAAUGUAGAUAAACCAAGUCCCUUUGUGAUAGAUGCAUUGUUGUAUUGUAGGGAGAAAGGCAGUCACACCUGACACAUCUGGCUUUCUACCAGUUUCUUAACAAAACUCAUUGCUUGAAAAUCAGAUUCGUUGUAAAAGUAUCUUCCAAAUCCUGGUGUUCUGUUGGUCUUCCCCUACUCUCUUCUCAUUUAAACAACUGCAGGGAGGAGAAUGGGAGGGUGGGCAAACACUCAUACCAUUUUAUUUGUGAAGAAAGGAAUGAAAACAAUUUUAUUGGGGUUGAGGGAAGAAGAAGAAAACCCAACAGCCUGACUUUGAUGCAUUGAAUAUUAAAUAUAGUUCUAAGCGUAUACAUGUUUAUACAUGUGUAUACAUGCAUAUGUCCAUGCAAUACACUGACACUUAGAGCAUAAGUAUUUUAUUGGCAGUUAGCUUGUGAUCAAUAUCCAGAAAAACCUAGUCUUCCGGGGAGUUUGAACCAUGUUUAAGUACUUGAAAUGUAUUGACUGCUGAAUUCUAUGUUUAAAAAGAGAAAUAUUUGCUCUCUUAUGCAGAAGUUGGCAUUGUUUGGGGAUGGGACAAAGAUUUCUGGAUUUCUCUUCAAACAACUCAAUUUCUUUGUUGCUGGAGCCUGGGAUUUUUCUUGCGUUAUCAGAUAUUUUUGGCAUUAACUCAUUAUAGCAUGAAUGGAAAACCUGGUGCCUUCAGGUUAUUGGAAAACACUCAGUGGUCUCUUAUGUGGUAUUUGACUAUCAGAAGAACCCUGGAAUUUUUCACAUUUAGAAAUUCACUGUACUUUGUUUCAGCCUUGACAUUGGGGGGAGGGGGGGGAACCACCAACUUAAGCAAAAUAUGCUAACCAGUCCAAAUAUGCUUGGACCAGAAAUUCGGGAUAUGGUUUAUUUCUCAGCUCAUUAUUUUGUCCUCCAUGGGAGCAUACCAAAAUGCAAGCUUCUGAUACUUCCUUGGCAAAUAUUGCAAAGAGAUACAAACUCAGGGCUAAAGUCAUCCAGUCAAACUUUCAGAGCCAGAAGUAACUUUGUCCCAGACCUACAAUGUGAAAAGGGUGAAUGAAUACUUGCCACUUUUUUUCACCUUCUAAGCCAUUUUCUUGGCUAAUGCAUCUCCAUACACAUGACUUUGGAAUCGAUACGCACUUUCAGAUACUCUUAUUUUUAUUCUCUUAAAAGUCUUUAUUAGCUUUGGAGAAAUGAUGCUUCUUUUUAUUUUAAAUGAAGUAGAUCAACGUGCUGGAACAAAUUGAAAAAAAAAAAGAGCAGAAAACAUUUCAAUAUACUAAUGAUAAUUUUUUCCAAUAUAAAACAUGAAAUUCCUAUAACAUUAUAGUAUUUUACAGUUUUAUGAUGCUUUCUAUUUGUGACUUUUAUGGAAUCAAGAGAUGAAGAAGAUGAGAUAUUUUAGCAUUUAUAUUUUUCAAAAUUAAAUGUAUACUUAAAUAAAUAACUUUAUGCAUUUAAA